AAAGCCAUGAAGCCGGCGCUACUGGAAGUGAUGAGGAUGAACAGAAUCUGCCGGAUGGUGCUGGCCACUUGCUUGGGAUCCUUUAUCUUGGUCAUCUUCUAUUUCCAAAGAUCCCACACUUCAACGAAGAUCAUAGAGGAGUAAAUGCUUUAUAAACCGUAAGGAACUAGAUGUAGGUGCAUUGGAAAGAGGCAGUAUCACCUCAAGUCAUGCGGAGGAAUCCCUUUGGUGUGGACAUCUGCUGCAGGAAGGGGUCCCGAAGCCCUCUUCAGGAGCUCUACAACCCCACCCAGGAGCAUAAUUGGACCCGAUAUAUUCAAAUCUGGAUAGUAAGCCCCGUGCCCUAAUGGGGUUUCUCUGUGUCGGCCUGUGUGAAUAUAAUCUGGCAUAUUUCAACUGGAGAAAGGCAUUCGAGUGACAAAACGACCUCGGCAAUUUCCACAUGGUGACACAGCUGUACAAUCUGCCAUUUUCGGCAAGCUAUUUCCUGAUUACCCUCAAUUAUAAGAGGCCUCGAACUAAUUUGAUUUUUCUGUAAAUUACGCAACUCAAGCCGCUUCUCAGCCAAUUGAAAUUUAACCUCGUCGAGACGGACAGAGCUGAAACAAAGCCCUGGCCUAUUCUCAUGCUUUCUGUGGGAGAGAUGUGGUGGUGGCGGGCGGGGGAAUGGGAGGAGCACCUGCUUUCCCUUCCCGGCAUCUGCCUGUAGGUCUGGUGGGGUGCGGGGUUUCCACCCUGUCUCUGCUACCAAUUACUGUGAGAUGCGGGGCAGAUUGCCGGACUUCUUCAAGCACCGGAGAUCUGGUAUGACGAAACAGGAAUAAAAUACCAAAAACUCCGUUAUUUAGGAUUCAGUCAGAAAACAUGUAGAAAGUUCCCAGCACGUGGCAAGCUGCUCAGUCAAAGCUGUUUUUUAUAAGCUCAGAUGAAACCUCCUCCAGGAAGCUUUCCUUGAUUCCCCCUCCCCAAGCCUGGGUUAAAUGUCUUUCUAGAAUAGUGCUGCUCACUAAAAAUAUAAUGUGAACCAUAUAUGUAAUUUAAAAUUUUCUAGGAGCCACAAUUUAAAAACAAGAGCAAAUGAAAUUAAUUUUAGUAAUGUGUUUAUUUAACCCAAACCAAACCUGUUGUUGUCGAGUUGAUUCUGACUCAUAGUGACCUUACAGGACAGAGUAGAACUGCUCCAUAGGGUUUUCUUGGCUGUAAUCUUUACAGAAGCAGAUGGCCAGGCCUUUCUUCUGCAGCACUGCUGGGUAGGUUUGAACCACCAACCUUUAGGUGAGUAGUUGAAUGCAAACCAUUUGUGCCUCUCAAGGACCUUUUAUUUCACACUUAUAUAGCACAUCUCAGUUUGGACUGGCCACAUUUCAAGUGCUCAGUAGCCAUGUUGGGCAGUCACGGUCUAUAAAAUGCAUCUCAUUCCCUUCCCCCAUGCCCACAUUUCUCUUGCCCAUGACACGUACUCGGCUUUGAGCCCAUUGAGACCCAGGGCUGUGUCUUAUUCUUCUUGGUUUGGCCAGCGGCUCCUUCAGUCCAGCCAUAGAAAAUGUGGUCAGUAGAUGUUUGUCUUGAAAGAAUUUAUGACCAGAAUGCCCCUUAGAAGGAGGAUGGUGAGGCUCAGUCUCGCUUACUUUGGACAUGUUAUCAGGAGGGCCCAAUCGCUGGAGAAGGACAUCAGACUUGCUAAAGUAGAGGAUCAGCAAAAAGAGGAAGACCCUCGAUGAGAUGAUUGACAUAGUGGCUGCAGCAGUGGGCUCAAACAUAACUACUAUUUUGAGUCUGGCACAGGAACCAGCGAGUUUUGUUCUGUUAUACAUGGGGUCGCUAUGAAUCGGAGCCGACUCGACAGCGCCUAACAACAAUGUUUGUGCAAUGAGCUAAGCCACCUUUUUCUAUGUCUUGACUGCCCGAGGUGUCCAGCGUUUGUAUGUUCGUGCUGUGGGGUAACCAGGGCGUCCCUCUUCCCCAGAGGUACAGAGGCAGGCAGCUGCCAAGUGGGGUACUUUCCCAGGACCCCAUGAGCUUCCUUUGUUCCAAGAGUACACCUCCACUGUAGUCCGAUGCCUGAUAUUUCCCCUCAAAACAUCCUUUCUGAAGUUGAAGUGCAAAUUCUGUGGAAGGGCUGACACUUUGAAAUGUAUCAGUCAUUUGCAUCUGAACUUUGAUUCAUAAGAUUCUUUCCUGAGACUAGAGUGUGGCAGGUGUGUGGAGGCUGGCAAGAAUAAGAGGAGAGAAUUGGAUGCUUGCAUGAACUGGGGAAAACGGGUCACCCAUGGUCCCACCCAUCUGAAAUAUCUAGAAUAGGCAAAUGCAUAGAGAUAAAACGUAGAUUCUGGGCUGGAGGAAGAGCAAAGAGGAUAUUGUUUAAUACAUACAGGCUUCCUGUUUGGGGUGAUGAAAACAUUUGGGAAGUAAAUAGUGGUGAUGGCUUGCACAACAUUGUGAAUAUAAUUAAUGCUACUCAAUUGUAUGCUUUAAAAAGGUUAAAAUGGCAAAUUUUGUGUUAUAGGUAUUUUAUCACCAACACAAAAAAUCUCAAUGCCAAAGCCACACCCCAGACCUACUAAAUCAGAGUUUCUGUGUCAUCAGUAUUUUUAAAAGCCCCUGGGUGAUUCUACUGUGCAGUCUGGUCUGGGAACCAGUGCUCUACACCUUUACUGCUCAAAGACUGGUCCACAGACCAGCAGCGUCACCAUCACCUGGAAGCUUGUUAGAAAUACAGAAGCCUGGGUCCCACCCCAGACCUACUGACUCACAUGCUACAUCUAACGCUUACCCCAGGUGAUAUAUGGGGCCCUGGUAGCGAAGUGGUUAAGUGGUUAACUGCUAACCCAAAGGCUGGUGGUUUGAACCCCCCAGCCACUCCACAGGAGAAAGGUGUAGCAGUCUACUUCUGUAAAGAUUACAGCCUCGGAAACCCUAUGGGGCAGUUCUCUGUCCUGUAGAGUUGCUGUGAGUCAGAAUUGACUUGACACCAGUGGGUUUGGUUUUUGCUUUUUCCAGGUGAUAGGCAUGUGUAUUAAUUGGGGAAGGCUCCUUUGAGAACUGCCCAAACGCUGGAGCUCCUAGAAGCAGCAGCCGUCCAGUGUAUUAGACAAUAUAGGACAAGCAGUACCUCCGUGAAUCUGCAUGAAUGCUGAGAUGGGCAAAAGUUCUUACGUCUUUCAGCACGCGGUGGGCAUAUUUCUGUUCCCCGAAGCUUUGGGAAAUGAAAGCUGUGUUUAUGCAGCCGGGGAGUGCUGGAAGCAGGAAGCUGGAGUCCCAUCAAACUAGAUGGACAGGCAGCCUCUGGGCCUCUCGGUUCCUCUGGGCACGUUGUUGUCAUUAGCUGCUGACCAUCCGGCCCCCGACACAUGGCAACCCCACGUACAGUGUAACAAAACACUACCCAGUCCACAUCCCUAUGAUUGGUUGGAGAUAGGACCAUUGUGAUUUGUAGGGUUUUCACUGGCUAAUUUUCAAAAGUAGAUUGCCAGGCCUUUCUUCCUAGGCCAUCUUAGUCUGGAAGCAUGACUGAAACUUGAUUAGCUUCAUAGCAACAUGCAGGCCUUCACUGACAGUAGGGUGUUGGUUACACAGGUGGACUCAGGGCUGGAUUACCUAAUCAGGCUUGCUUGUGCAUACUUACUAAUUUGUAGUGAACUAUUUCACCUGUUUUUCACUACAUCAAAAAUGUGGUGAAACCCAUGUGAAAUUAUUCCCUACAGAUUUGUAAGUAAACUCAAGUAAGCCCGUGCGUACGUUGCUUACUGGUUAAUCUGCCGCUGUGAUUACGUACAUGGGCCGGGAAUCGAACUUGGUUCUUCCACGUGGAAAGCGAGAAUUCUGCCACUGAACCACCAUUCAUAACUGGCUCAACUCGGGAGGAAAGAAAUGUGGCAUUGAACGGGCACCCGGGAAGCAAAGAUCACUGCAGUGCCUCUAAGGACAGCCCUGUGCUUUCCUGGGGUCUGUGUCCUUGCAGUGAAGGGCGUUUGCAGGGUUCAGAGCUGAGCUGGACUCCCUGGGGCGGCCACACCCUUCAUGGAUCAGGCUGCUCCCAAUCUCACUUGUCAACAAAUAGGAAACAGGAGCCCGAGGUGGAAUAAUUUAUUUUAAUUGCGCUAAAGAAGUACAUAAUGUGGCAGGUAAAAGUGAGGCUUUUGGAGUCAGUUUGCCUGGGUUCUAAUCCACUCUUACUGGCAGAACAACCUUGAAUCAGUUUCCUAAUCUCUCUGUGCCUCAGUUUCUUUAUCUGUAAAAUGGGGAUAAUCACAGUAGCUACCCUUUGGAAGGAGCCCUGGUGGCACAGUGGCUAAGUGCCCAGCUGCUAACUGAAAGGUCAUGGAUUCGAACCCAGCAGCCGCUCCAUGGGAGAAAGAUAUAGCAGUUUGCUUCCAUAAAGAUUCCAACCUAGGAAACCGCAUGGGACAGUUCUACUCUGUUCUAUAUGGUUGCUGUGAGUUGAGUCAGGAACCUUUCUGGAUUGCUAUGGAAAUUCAAUGACUUAAUUUGUGUAAAGUGCCUACAACAGUAGCUGAGAGUAAACAGUCAAAUAUGUCAGCGAUUUUAUGUGUAUUUUUUUUUUUACCUCUCUGCAUUCCCCUUUAAAACUUCCCACUGUUCUCCCUUCCAAAAAAAAAAAAAAAUCAGAUCACACAAUAACUGCCUCUUGAGAGAAGCUUCUCUAUCUUUCUCUAUUAGAAUAUUUUAUUGUGUUAUAGGUGAAAGUUUACACAGCAAAUUAGGUUCCCCUUUAACAAUUUUCAUACGAAUUGUUCUAUGCCAUUCUGCCAUUCGUUACAGUUUUUACAAUGUGUCAACAUUCUUAUCAUUUCCAUUCUGUUUGUUCUGUUUCCAUUGAUCUAGCGGGCCUUCCCCUCCUUGCCUUCUCAUCUUUGCUUUUGGGUAAAUGUUGACUGUUUGGUUUCAUAUAGUUAAUUGUUUAAGGGAACACAUUACUCAUGGGUGAUAUUGUUUGUUUUAUAGGCCAAUCUUUUUAUCUGGCUGAAAGGUACCUGCAGAAAUGGCUUCAAUUCUAAGUUCAAAAGGUAUCUUAGGAUGAUACCCUCGGGGGUUCCUCUAGUCUCUAUUGGUCCAGUAGGUCUGGCGUUUUUUUAGGAACUUAAGUUUUGUUCUACAUUUUCCUCCAUUCUAUCUGGGACCUUCUAUUGUGUCCGUGGUCAGAAUGGUGGGUAGUGGUAGCCGGGCACUAUCUAGUUCUUCUGUCUCAGGUGAGAAGAGGCUAUGGUUCUUGUAGGCUCUUAGUUAUGUGGACUAGUUUCUUCACUGAACCUUUGAUUUCCUUCAUUCUCUUUUGGUCCAUGCAAGUAGAGAUCAAUAGUUGUACCUUAGAUGGCUGCUUGAAAGCUUUUAAGACCCCAGACUCUACUCACCAAAGUAGGAUGUAGAACGUUAUCUUUGUGAACUGUGUUAUGCCGAUUGACUAAGUUGUCCACUGAGACCAUGGUCCCAAGGCUUUUAACCAGUAAACCAAUCCUGUGAGUUGUUUGAGCAUGUCUAGGGAGCCUCUGUAACUGUGCCCCCAUGUGGCUUGUCAUAUAUGUGAUAUAUACGCAGCAGUCCCAAACGUGUAUGUACAUAGGCCUACAGACACACCUGUACAUGCAUACGGAUUUACUUACAUGUCUUCCUAUACAUGUAUAUGCAUUCGUAUCUACCUGUGUAACCACACACAUGUUUUUGGGUUGUUUUUACUGUUGUCCCCAAAUUGUGUAUGUUAAAGCAUUUACUGAAAUAUUCCCUUUUUCUUGUGUUCUUCUUAGUGUCUUUAUUUACCUUGGUCAAGUUGUGCUGAUUCCACCCAUGUUUGGAAUUGCCUUUCCCAUCACCAAUGGAACCCUGGUAGUGCAGUUAAGAGCUACGACUGCUAACUAAAAGGUCAGCAGUUCGAAUCCACCAGCUGCUCCUUGGAAACUCUGUGGGCCAGUUCUACUCUGUUCUGUAAGGUCACAGUGAGUUGGAAUCAACUCAACGGCAAUGAAUUUUUUCAGUUUCCCUAUCACCAAAAGUAACAAGCUGCUACUGUCUAGAAAGUGAUUCCUCCUCCCUCACCCUCCCAUCCGUGUUAACUGAUCAAAGAUCUUUGCUUUCUGUGUGUAUAUCUAUUCUUGACUUUUUACAAUAGUGGGACCAUGCAAUAGUUGUCUUUUUGUGAUUGACUUUUUCACUCAGCAUAAUGUCCUCCAGAUUUAUCCAAGUUAUAUUUUGCAGACUUCUCAUUAUUCUGUAUAGUUGUGUAGUAUUCCAUUGUGUGUAUUACCACAUUUUGUUUAUCCCAUUCGUCCUUUGAUGGGCGCUUAGGUUGUUUCCAUCUUUUUGCUAUUGCGAAAAAUACUACAGUAAACACAGGUGUGCAUGUGUCUAUUCCUGUCACUGCUCUGAAAUCUCUAGGAUAUAUACCUAGGAGUGGGAUUGCUAGAUCAUAAGGUAUUUCUAUUUCUAGCUUUUUGAGGAAGUAACAUACUGUUUUCUAUAGUGAUUGUGCCAUUUUAUAAUCCCACCAGCAGUGCAAAAGAGUUCCAAUCCCCCCACAUCCUCGCCAGCAUUCGUUGGUUUCUGUUUUUUUGAUCAUUGCCAUUUUUGCAGGGGCGAGAGAAACUUCUCUUGCACAGUGACUUUUAAGCCCUUCACAUUCAAACAACCCAUUACUUUUUUUCCCAAGCAAUUCUGAAUGCAUCGUUCUCCAUUUUACAGAUGGUGAAACUGAGGCACACAGAGUUUUAUUUAUUUAUUUAUUUAUUUUAAAGUAACAAGUGCAAGGUCAUCCAAUCAGGUGGGGAGUUGCAGAGCCAGGAUUCACUCCAGCGCUGGAGUCCAUUGCUCUUGGGACCAUGCCACCUGCUUCAGCUCAGUUGGAUGAAUGGAGCUCCUUUGUUCAGAGCGCCUUUAAUCUUAAAUUCAGUGGUCUUUAAAUAGAGAUGAAACUCCCUCCCUUUCCAGUGGUUUCUGGGAGGAGUAUAUGAGUGCCUGUAAAUGGACCUGGCUCCAUGCCUGCCCUUCUUGGUAGGUGGUCAGUGGAAUUAAAUGUGGGGUGAAGACCUCCACCUUCAUGCUCCAGGAACAUCUGGGUGGAACGAUGUGUGGCUUUUUCCUGGAGGCCACUCCUGUCCAGGGAGGAGAACUACGGUACAGGGCUAGCAAGGCACCUGUGCCUGGAACUUCUCUCUGAUUCCUGGUUUCCCACUUUCUCCCUGAAACUCACUCAGACCCCUCUGGAGUCAGACAGAGCAUCCUUGGACCAGGACCAGGUUGGUUACGGCCAGAGACCGUGCCUGAAAUAGGGGAGUACUUCGUGGCACAGUGGUUAAGAGCUCACCUGCUAAUCAAAAGGUCUGCAGUUCAGGUCCACCAGCUGCUCCUCGGAAACCCUGUGGGGCAGUUCUGCUCUGUCCCAUAGGGUCUCUGAUUCGACGGCAACGGUUUUUUUGGUUCGUGGUUUGGAACCUUCUUUUAUUUCCACCAAAAAAAGAGCUGGGAGGCUGCUUUUAGAUGUUCUUUUUUUGAGCUCUUCCCUGCCUAGGCACAGUGACCAUCUGUAAUUUCCCUCCACAUUCAUUCUCCUUGUUGGGAGGGCCAGUUUUCAGUGUGUCCUGAACUCAUUGUGUACACUGUUUGGUGGCCAUCUUUCAUUCAUUUCCAACCAAAAAUCAGUGUUCAGACAGGAAUCAGGAUGAUUCUCUUUCCUAAUUAACAGAGUCCUUGGUGAUCAAAUAGGUAAAACACUUGUGGUUACUGACCAAAAGUUUGGUGGUUCUAGUCCACCCAGAGGUGCCUUGGAAGAAAGGCCUGGCGAUUUACUUCCAAAAGCCCAGCCACUGAAAACCCUAUGGAGUGGUUCUACUCUGACACACAUGGGGUCGCCAUGAGUCAGAAUCAGCUCGAUGGCAACUGGUUACUGGCUCCUGAUUUACAGGAAGUGCAAAGCCAGUUAGAGGAAGCCCCAAACAGGUAGCUGGGAAAUGCCAGCCUUAGGUGCUGUCCAUUUUGGGAAGGGCUGGCUACACUGAUCAGUAGACCCACUGGGUUUCUGAUUCCCUAGGCUCUCACAGACCACCAGGAGUAACUGGUGGAGGGAGUUAAAAGAAAGUUAACUCAUCCCCCAAGCUUAUUCGUCACUCAGGGUUAAUAAGGAAUUAAGUAACCUCACACUGAGCCCUUGGUUUUUGCAGAUGGAACAUUCUGGUUUCUACUUUUCAACAGGAACCUAAAAGUCCAUUAACAAGGAACAACUUGUAAUCUUUGCAGAGGGACAAAUUUGAAUUGGAGAAAGCCUUCCCUUUAGCUAAUAAGUGAGCCCAGCCAACUACCUAGUGUGGCAGCUUUGUAUUCUGUAAUUGUCAUUCCAGAAGACCCUUCAUUGAAGGUCUGCUGGGGCCACUUGAAAUUUCCAUCACAUUUUGUAGGGGAAAUAGCAUGCUAUAGUGACAUUUGAAAAUUAGGAUGCUUGAAGGCUGUCUUGGGAUAAGCCCCUCAAAGGUAUUUUAUCACCACGUAGAUUGACUCGCAUUUGGGUCUCUCCCUCAUAGGAUGGUUAAUCUCAGUUCAGAAUUCCAUCUUGUGCUCUCGGUAGGCUUUCCUUCAUUUUACAGGAUAAAUGAGCUGGUGCCUGAAAAAAAAAAGUGACUUCUUUAAGGAACUGGCAGAUACUAGGGGAGCUCAGAAGCAGCUGACAUCCAAUUAUUCACAGUCAUGGGGGAAAGGAAUUGAAUGAGAAAUAGAAACCCACAGAUAAUCUCCAAACCUCAUGUUAAUCAAUAGCCUUCUCUUCCAACAUGCCUUUAUCCAGUGCCAAGAAAUAGGCUGACUUAUCGCAAGCUUCAAAACGGAGAUCCUGAGAGAUCAGUGCAGUGGAUCUCUUUGCCAGCUUCUUUCUUAAUGAGAAGCAUCUAGAAGAGCUGAAAUUCUUUAUUAUUAAUUAUCAUUCACCCAGAAUAAAGUGCCAUUUUUCUUGAGGAAGUGGCAAAAUCGGUGAGUAAGUGGCUUAGUUGGUUGGUUGGUUUAGUCAUUGUCUUAUCAGAAAACCUCAUAUAACAUUGUUACUUUCUUUUUGCUAAGAAAAUAAUAAUAAUAAAUUGAGAUUCAGGCUGAAAUAGUCCUAAAAACCAGGAGCAAGGAGACUAAUCUGAGAGUCCGUUGCAAUUGGUAAUUGAGUCUCCUUCCCCAGGAUAUUAUAGUGUAACUAAAUCAGAGGAGAAAAAGGGAUAAGCAUCUUGUUAAGAUAAAGCCUUGCCAAAAACAGCCCCUGGCAAAUUGCUGCCAUUUGUUACCGGAUUAGUAGGCAGGGUACAAUCUUUCUUCAGCCUAAGAAACCUAGCAUGUCUUUAUCAGUUCGUUUGUGCAAAUUUAACUUGCUAAAUAGCAAUAUCCAAAUCAAGUGCAAACCUUGGAAGGCAGUGGUAGUUGUGAUUUCGAGCUUAUACUGUGGGAUCCUGGGAGCGUGGGGUAUCUCAGUCAAGGCCUAGGCACAGGACCUGGCUGUUAAACUCAGGUAAGCGAAUGUGUUACAGACAUCCAUUCUUCCUCUCUGGUGUUGACUUUGGCUCUGCCCUUGAUGUUCACCUCCUCGUCCCUGUAAGCUGUGAAUAUGACCUUAUGUGGUAAAAAGGACCCUGAAGCUGUGAGUAGGUUAAGGAUUUUAAAAUGGGAAGAUUAUCUGGAUUAUCCAGGUGGGCCCAAGUUCAUCACAAGGUCCUUAUGAGAGGGAGGCAGGAGGGUCAGAGUCAUAGAAGGAGAUGUGAUGAUGGAAGCAGAAGUGGGAGUGAUGUGAGAAAGGGGCCAGGAGCCAAGGAAUGCGGGCAGCCUCUACAAGCUGGACAAGGAUUUUCCCUAGGGCCUCCAGAAGGAGGGCAGCCCUGCCAACAUCUUGAUUUCAGGACUUCUGGUCUCCAAAGCUGUAAGGGAAUACAUUUGCUUUGCUUUAAGGGACUAAGUUUGUGACAAUUUGUUACAGCAGCAGUAGGACGCUAAUACACAAGGGCAUAUUUUUAGUUGGAGCUAGGCUUUCCUCCCCUGUGCCCAGGGUCUGAGGGAGGCCUGGGAGAUGCUGGGUCUGUGACCUCGGGAAAGCAGUGUCAAGCAGCAGCAUGGUGAGUCCAAGAAAUGGGAAUAUUGAUAAUGAUGAUGAUUGAUGAUGAGGAUGAAAUGAGGCACCAUAAAAAUACCUAGCAAAUCUAAGCAAUACACAAGCAACCCUGGGGACAGAACCCCUGGCUCACACCUCCAAGGAGACAUGUCAGCCAAAUCCUCCUAUUUGUAAGAGCCUCUUUGACAGCCGUGUUGUCUUAGUUAUCUGGUGCUGCUAUAAAAGAAAUACCACAAAUGGAUGUCCUCAACAAAUAGAAGUUUAUUCUGUCACAGUCUAGUAGGCUAGAUUCAGGGCACCAGUUCCAAGGGAAGGAUUUCUCUGUCGGUUUUAGUGGAUGGUCCUCGUCAUCAGUCUUCUCCUGGUCUAGGAGCUUCUCAGAGAACAUGCUCUGCUCCUGGUGUUGCUUUCUUGGUGGCGUGAAGUCCCUGUCUCUCUGUUCUCUUCUCUCCUUUAUAUCUCAAAAGAGAGUGACUCAAGAUACAACCUAAUCUUGUAUAUUGAGUCCUGCCUCAUUAAAAUAGCUGCUGCCAAUCCCACCUCAUCAACAUAAUAAAGGUAGGAUUUACAACACACAGGAAAAUCACAAGGGAUGACAAAAUGGUGGACAAUCACAUAAUACUGGGACUCAUGGCCUAGCCAAGUUGACACACGAUUUAGGGGAGACACAAUUCAAUCCAUGACACGUGUACCACCUGAAUUUUACAUCAGAUCAUGGUUUUGGUAAUGGAUCUCUGUAGGCGGGAGGUAUUACCACUGUGUUUAGUCAUUGCAUUAAAAAAAAAAAAAAGAACUGACUGCAUAUUUGACAUUCUGGUGUUAUAUUUGUCAAGAUUUUCCUUACUGAUUGUAAAACGCUUACGGUGUACGCAGUACCUUCACGUAGGCCAGCUUUAUUGAGACUCACAAUUCUAUGGGGUUAGCAGGGCAGGUGUCUUCUUCCCAUUUUAUAAAUUUAAAGAGAAGGAAGUUCAAAGAUAUAAAAAUAAUGCUCCAAAGGCAAGCUAUUAAUAAAUGUCCAAGGUGAGGUGAAACCUAAAAGUCUAGUCUAGAGACAGAAGUAGAGCGUGGUAGAACAUGGAUUCUAGAGCAGAUAGUCCUGCCAGUUAUUAGCUGGUAACUUGGGCAAGUUAUUUAACCUCUCUGUGCCUCACUUUCUUUAUCUGUCAAUGUAGAGAUAAUAGUAGUACCCACCUUAUAGGUUUGCUGUGAGGAUUAAAUGAAUAUAAAGCAAGGAAAUGCUUAGAACAGUGCCAGGCACAUAGUAAAAGUAUACAAUUGUGUAUCAGCAGCAGCCACAACUACAACCAAGGUCAGUUGACUCCUGGUUUAGUGCUCGGUCCGUAGUUGCCCACAUACCAAGGGCCAAAGCACCCCCAAAGCCAUCUCAUUAUUCUGGAGCAUUCUAAGGGACUAUCCUAAGUUGGUGCAUGUAACUUUAGACUAACCAAAAAAAACAACACAUUUUUUCUAGACUUUGUGGGCCAUAGGGUCUCUGUUUCAAAUGCCAGCUCUGCCAUUAUUGUGUGAAAGCAGCUGUCUUAGAUUCCCAGUGCUACUGUGACACGAAUACCGUAAGUUGUUGUUAGGUGCUGUCGAGUUGGUUCCGACUCAUAGUGACUCUUUGCACAACAGAAUGAAACACUGCCUGGUCCUGCACCAUCCUUACAAUCGUUGUUAUGCUUGAGCCCAUUGUUGGAGCAACUGUGUUAGUCCCCCUCUUUGAAGGUCUUCCUCUCUUUCGCUGACCCUCCACUUUACCAAGCGUGAUAUCCUUCUCCAGGGACUGGUCCCUCCUGAUAACAUGUCCAAAGUAUGUGAGACGAAGUCUCAACAUCCUUGCUUUUAAGGAGCACUCUGGCUAUACUUCUUCCAAGACAGAUUUGUUCAUUCUUUUGGCAGUCCUUAAGUGGGUGGCUUUAAAGAACAGAAGUUUAUUUUCUCACAGGUCUGGCGUUGUAAGAGUUUGAAUCAGGGGUUCUGCCGUGUUGACCCCUUACUUGUCAGUAGCCCCUGGUGUUCCUUGCUUAGUGACCCUCACAUGGCAUCUGUCUUGCCCAGUGUGUGUGCUCCCUUAUCUGUGUUUAAUCUGCUCUUUUUGUAACUCAGAAUGAGUAGGUUUAGGAUCAUACUCUACAUUGGUAUGCUGUCAUUAACAUAACAAAGAAAACCCUGUUUCCAAACAAGAUCAUGUCCAUAAACCAAAACCCAAACCCUUGCCUUUGAGUGAGUUGAUUCCGACUCAUAGUGACCCUAUAGGACAGAGUAGAACUGCCCCCAUAGAGUUUCCAAGGAGUGCCUGGUAGACUCGAACUGCUGACCUUUUGGUUUGCAACUGUAGCACUUAACCACUACACCGCCAGGGUUUCCGAUCACAUCCAUAGGUAUAUGGAAAAAAAAAAAAAAAAGGCCAAACCCACUGCCAUCAAGUCAGUUCCAACUCAUAGCGACCCUAUAGGACAGAGUAGAACUGCCCCCUAGGGUUUCCAAGGAGCGGCUGGUGGAUUCGAAGCGCCAACCUUUUGAUUAGCAGCUUAAGGCUUAACCACUGCACCACUUAUGCUCCUAUAGGUAUAAAACCCAGUGCCGUUGAGUCAAUUCCGACUCAUAGCGAGCAUUCCAACACGUAUUUUGGAGCGACACAAUUCAAUCCAUAGAAGGAGCUAUAGAUAAUACAUAAGCGAAGGGGCUUGGCUGGAUUUGGUCCGCAGGCGGCCCCUGCUUCAGGCGAUAUGAGAGCCAGGAGUCCUGGGUUUGAAUCCUAAGCUGAUCACACCACAAGGGUGUUCUUGAGUAAGUCACAAAGACUUCCAGGACUCAGUUGCCUCAUCUCUAAAAACAAGGGUAAAAGAACCCUUCCCAUAGGAGAUGGUGAGAGUUGGUGUAAACUAUAGAGUACUUCACACAAUUUGGCCACUUGGAUUUGGUUGUUUCAAAGGGUCACUAUGAGUUGGAAUCGACUACUCAGCAGUGGGCUUGGUUUUUCGUUUGGGUGUUUUGUUGCUGACGUACAGCCGUGGUCCAGGCCACCCUGGAAGGUCCAGGCCACCUGUGGAAGGUCCAGACCACCCGUGGAAGAUAAAGCAUGAAAUGAGUGUGUACUUGAUGUAAAAUGUUGAGCUCAGGCUGACCCGCUCCACUGUCCCCAGCUACAUUAUGAAAUCAGGAAAGAGUUAUUUAAUUUCAGUUACUUUCAUCUUAUUUUGGGAUAUGAGAAACAUACCAGCCUCUCAGAGCUUCUCUUCAUUUCCGUGAGAUGGUUCUCGAGUAACAAUGCCUUUGGAUUAUGCUGCGUUGAUCUCCAUUUGGAAAAUUGCAAAUGAGCAAAAUGACUUUGAUGAAUAAGGGCGCCGAGAAACACAAAGCUCGCUCUCAGUGUCUCAGGCUGGAGAAGUGAAAUCUGGAUCCUUUAUUGAGGGAAGAUGGGCAGAAAAUGAAUUGCCGGGCUGAAUCACAGAAUGGCUGGUGAAUAAACUCAUGGCGCCGAGCAAUUAUGCAUCUCAUUACGAUGCACGUGGUUUCGGCCUCCGACGCUACAGGAAUUGUCAGAAGAAAUAUGUGCCCACCUCAAUUUUGUGGUUUGAAAAGGGGUAUAAUUGGCGGGGGAAGAAAAAGAAGGGAGUUGGUUUGAAACAAUAGGUAUUAAAUGAUGUUGCAGCGAGGAAGACUGGGAUAUAUAAAGAGGCAGGCACCCUGGGUUACUUGAGAGGAAGUGUGUGUGGUCUUAGAAUCAUAUAUGGGCCACAUGGACAAUGCCUUUGGUACCCUUAAUAGACCUUCUUGGAAUCAAAGUGGUCUUGCCUGUAGAACGUGGGAAAUGUGGUGCUUGGGACAUAUUUGUCCAAUGAAUGAAUGGCGCUUGCCUCGUGUUUUUCAAAUGAAUGAAAAUGAAUAAAUAAUAAAACAGUAAUUUAUAUAAAAUGGAAGUAAUAAUAGUACUACCUCGGAUGGCUGGUGUGAAAUUAAAUAGGAUAGUAGAGCAAAAAGCCUUAGCACAAUGCCUGAUAUUAGCAGGCACUCGAUGUGAACUAGUAUUAUUGUGAUGUAUAUCCUGGUGUAUUAGCUUCCUACAGCUGCUGUAACAAAGUACCACUAACUGGGUGGCUUGCUUAUAAGAGCAAACACUUAUUGUUUCACAGUUCUGGAGGCUAGGAAUUCAAAUUCAGGUAUUGGCAGGGCUAUGUUCUCUCCAGGGAAAGAUCCUUUUUAUCUCUCCCAGCUUCUGGUAACCCCAGGCAUUCCUUGGGUUGCAGCUACAGUGUAACCCCCUUGUCACAGGACCCUCUUCCCUCUAUCUCUCUGUGUCUCUUCUCUUUUGAUACAACUCAGAUUAGAUUAGGACCCACCCUACUGCAGUAUGAUCUCAUGUUAACUAAACUGAUAAUAUCUUCAAAGACCCUAUUUCCAGACAGGUCCCAUUCAUAGGUACCAGGGUUUAGGACUUCAGCAUAUCUUUUGAGGGGGCACCAUCCCAUCCAUGUUAUUAUCUUGUUAGGCACCAUCAAGUCCAUUUUCGACUCAUAGUGACCCCAUGUGACAGAGUAGAAUUGCCCCAAUAGGAUUUUCUAGGCUGUAACUUUCAUGGGAGCAGAUCACCAUGUCCUUCUCCUGUGGAGCUGCUGGGUGGGUUCGAAGCACCAACCUUUUGGUUAGCAGCUGAGCACUUAACCAUUGUGCCACCAGGGCUCCUUUAAUCCAUAACACCAGGUAAAGAAUCAAACGUUGCUUUGUAGUUAUUAGGGCUGAUCUUUUUGCAGCUACACAAAACUCUUUGAAACUGCUGGAAUAACCUUUUCCUGGGAUGAGAAAUUGGAGGCGCCCCAAUGUUCUGGAAAAUUGGAUGAACUUUCAACAAUGUGUACCCUUCCACCUUGGAGUGCCUGACCCCGUGCUCUUUAGAGGCCCCAGCGGUCACCCUCUUCCUCUCCUGUUACCUGUUGCCAUGAAGUUGAUUCCGACUCAUAGUGAUCCUGCAGGACAGAGAAGAACUGCCCCACAGAGUUUGCAAGGCUUUACAGGAGCAGGCUGCCACAUCUAUCUUCCACAGAGCGGCUAGUGGGCUCAAACCGCCGACCUUUCAAUUAGCGGCCGAACGCUUUAAACUCUGCACCACCAGGGCUUCUUUUUUCCUCUCCAGUGUUAGACAAAUAGAAGGUCCCUGGGUGGGACAAGCAGUUUGCAAUCAGCUGCUAACCUAAAGGUUGGCAAUUCACACCCACCUAGUCGCUGCAAGGCCUGGUGAACUGCUUCUGUAAAGAUUACAGCCAAGAAAACUGUAUGGAGCAGUUCUGCUCUUUAACAUGUGGGAUCGCCAUGACUCACAUUUGACUCAAUGACAAUGGGUACGGGUUAGACAAAUAGGCAGCUCACCAGGUAUUUUUUCAAAAUUACCUGUCUUCCUCGUGACUCCAUAACACAGCUGCCCUGGGAGCUGAAGUCAACCACGUGGGCGAGAUUCUGUGUCAGUGAGCCCCUCUAAAUCUCACUGCUUUCUCUCCUUUUACAUCUCCAAAUCUGCCUGGAAGACAGUAAAAGCUCAUUAAUUUGAACCCUGCUAAUUUAGAAUAUGUAACAUUUCCUCAAAGUUCGCCAUGAAAAAGGCAUUUGUGAAGCAAAUUAAUGGUGUGAACAUAAUUAGAGGAGACGAGACUUGUAGAGCUGGAACGAACCUGGAGACGCUCAAUCUUUUCCCUUCGUGGUCUGUUUUCUUUUCAGUGGAAGGAAUUGAGGCCCAUGAAGUGUACAGAGCUCCUCCAUGCUUCCAUGGUGGGACUGUUUAAGCUUCUUCAGGACACCAGCCUGAUACACGGUGUCCUGUUUGCCUGUGAAGGACACAGGCUCUUUAUUAGCUGGGUUCUCUUCGCUGUGUGUCCUUCAAGUCUGAAAAGUGUAUUUCUUUAAAAAUAUUCUGCAUUUCAGGUUUUCCGCUAAUUAUGACUGGCCUUCUCCCAAGUUAGCCUGUGCUAUUUUUGUGAGGUUUUAGAGUUAUUUAAUAAGAAAAGCUUUUUUUAAAAAACCUCAUAAAACUUACUGAACGAUUCAUUCUCACCAACAUGCCUUCUUACAAUUAUGUCACUCACAGCUUCUUUUUAAAAGACCAGAACUUUGUCCAUUCAUGUUUACCUUAAAAGCUGCGUUCACCGAACUCCUGGAAAACAAGGAGAAGUGUAAUACUUUACAAGAGAGGGCAGAGCAAAUGAAAUAAUGUGUGUGAAAGAGUUCUGUACAUUUGGGAGGCUAUACAAAUGCUUUAUGCUUUUCCUAAUUGCUGUUUCAGCGUGGGCAGCCCCAGCCUGUGCUCAAAAUAUACUUGUAGAUACAAAUAUAGCACUUCUGGGGAGGUUCUCCAGGAAAUGGGCUGGUCUUCCAUGGAACUAAAAAAAAAAAGAUAUGUGUUAUGGAUUUGAAUUCUGUCCCCCCCAAAAUAUGUUUUGAAGUCCUGGCCCCCGUACCUUUGGAUGUGAAUGUGAUCCUGUUUGGAGUUUUUCUUUUGUUCUUUUAGAGGGCAGACUAGAGCAGGAUGGGUCCUAAACCUAAUCACUUCUGUGUUAUAUUCUCGGAAUAACACAGAGACACACACAGGGGGAAGACAUUCACUAAGGAACUCCAAGGAAUGCCAAGGAACUCCCAGGACUACUGAUGAGGAAGGGCCCUGCCCGAGAGCUGAUGCCCUGAUUUGGACUUCUUGCCUCCAAAACCAUGAGGCAAUAAAUUCCUGUUCUUUAAAGUGACACUGGUGGUAUUUUUCAGGGCAGCACUAGGUAACUAAGACAAUAUGUCUUUUUUUUUUUUUUUUUUAACUUUGGAAUUAUUAUUUUAAUCAUGCAUGAGGUGAAAGUUUACACAGCACAUUUGUUUCUCAUUCCACCAUUUAUACACAAAUUGUUUUGUGACCUUGGUUGCCAGCCCCACGAUGUGUCAACACUCUCCUCUUCUCCAUCUCAAGUAUUCUGUUUCCAUUUGUCUAUUUUUCCUGGCCCUUCCUACCUUCUUGUCUUUGCUUUUGGACAGGCGUUACCCAUUUGGACUUGUAUACCCUAUUGAACUAAGAAGCUCAUUCCUCACGUGUUAUUGUUUGUUUUAUAGGCCUGUCUAAUCAUUGGGUGAAGGGUGAACUUAGGGAGUGAUAUUAGUUCUGAGUUCAGAGGGUGUCCGAGGGCCACAGUCUCAAGGGUUCCUCCAGUUUCUGUCAGACCAAUAUGUCUGGUCUUUGUGUGUGUGUGUGAAUUUGAAUUUUGUUCUACAUUUUUCUCCAGGUCUGUUCAGGACCCUCUAUUGUGAUUCCUGUUAGAGUGGUUGGUGGUGGUAGCCGGGCACCAUCUAGGCUGGUGGAGACUGUGGUAUUGUGGUCCAUUAGUCCUUUGGACUAAUAUUUCCCUUGUGUCUUUAGUUUUCUUCAUUCUCCUUUGCUCCAGAUGGGAUGGGACCAGUAGAUGUAUCUUAGAUGGCCGCUUGCAAGCUUUUAAGAGCCCAGAUGCUACUCACCAAAGUUGGAUGUAGAACAUUUUCUUUAUGAGCUAUGUUAUGCCAGUUGACCUGCAUGUCCCCCAAGACCAUGUUCCCCAGCUCUCAGCUCAGUAAUUAGGUCCCUCAGGGUGUAUUUAUUAAUUUAAAUCAAACUGUAACUGCCACAUGGACUAGAAUGUUCUUGUUAGCAGAUCAGCACAUCCUUUCCCAGAAUCAGGCCUUGUAGGGGCACCACACUGUAGUCAGAAAAUUGUGUAGUGAGAGCAGGUUCAGAGUACCGGUGUGACAGUGCGCCUUCGCCUUGGGACAUGGGGAAUUCUCCUUCUCCACAGGAAUGGCCGGGAAGAAUGGAACUCUUAAGUGUUUGGGAGGGUGUCUUAUUCUCUCCUUCCUGGGUAUUUAAUGCGUGUUUAACUCCAUUCAGAAUUGUGGAAGAUGAGAGCUUAUUCCCAGCGUGUCUUUGAAACAUAAAGUUAAUUGUUCUCUAGGUAGCUUGAUGAUGAUGAUGGUGAAGGUGAUGAUGAUGAUGACGACAGAAGACGCAGUGGUGGUGGUGGCAGGUAGCAGUAGAAGUGGUAGUAGUGGUGAUGAUGGUGGUAGUAGUGGUGGUGGUGGUGGCAGGUAGCAGUAGAAGUGGUAGUAGUGGUGAUGAUGGUGGUAGUAGUAGUGGUGGUGGUGGUAGUGAUAGUAGUGGUGGUGGUAGCAAUAGCAGUGAUGCUGGUGGUGGUGGUAGUAGUAGUAGUGGCAGUAGUGGUGGUGGUGGUGGUGGCAGUAAUGGUGGUAGUGGUGGUGGUGGUAGUAGUAGUAGUGGUGGUGCUGGUGGUGGUAGUAGUGGUGAUGGUGGCAGUAGUAGGGAUAGUGGUGGUGGUGGUAGUAGUAGUGGUGGUGGUGGUGGCAGUAGUGGUGAUGGUGGCAGUAGUAGGGAUAGUGGUGGUGGUGGUAGUAGUAGUGGUGGUGGUGGUGGUAGUGGUGAUGGUGGUAGUGGUGAUGGUGGCAGUAGUAGGGACAGUGGUGGUAGUAGUAGUGGUGGUGGUGGUGGUAGUGGUGAUGGAGGUAGUAGUAAUGCUGGUGGUGGUAGUAGUAGUGGUGCUGGUGGUAGUAGUAGGGAUAGUGGUGGUAGUAGUAGUGGUGGUGGUGGUGGUAGUGGUGAUGGUGGUGGUAGUGGUGAUGGUGGUAGUAGUAAUGCUGGUGGUGGUAGUAGUAGUGGUGCUGGUGGCAGUAGUAAGGAUAGUGGUGGUAGUAGUGGUCGUGGUAGUAGUGAUGGUGGUAGUAGUGGUGGUAGUAGUAGUGGUAGUGAUAGUAGUGGUGGUGGUAGUAGUGGUGAUGGUGGCAGUAGUAGGGACAGUGGUGGUAGUAGUAGUGGUAGUGGUGGUGGUAGUGGUGAUGGUGAUAGUGGUGAUGGUGGUAGUGGUGAUGGUGGUAGUAGUAAUGCUGGUGGUGGUAGUAGUAGUGGUGCUGGUGGUAGUAGUAGGGAUAGUGGUGGUAGUAGUAGUGGUGGUGGUGGCAGCAGUGGUGGUGGUGGUGGUAGUGGUGAUGGUGGUAGUAGUAAUGCUGGUGGUGGUAGUAGUAGUGGUGCUGGUGGUAGUAGUAGGGAUAGUGGUGGUAGUAGUAGUGGUGGUGGUGGCAGCAGUGGUGGUGGUGGUGGUAGUGGUGAUGGUGGUAGUAGUAAUGCUGGUGGUGGUAGUAGUGGUGGUGAUGGUGGCAGUAGUAGGGAUAGUGGUGGUAGUAGUAGUGGUGGUAGUAGUGAUGGUGGUAGUAGUGAUGGUAGUAGUAGUGGUGCUGGUGGUAGUAGUAGUGGCAGCUGGUAGUAGCGGUGAUGGUGGUAGUAGUAGUGGUGAUGGUGGCAGUAGUAGGGAUAGCGGUGGUAGUAGUGGUGAUGGUGGCAGUAGUGAUGGUGGUAGUAGUAGGGAUAGCGGUGGUAGUAGCGGUGAUGGUGGUAGUAGUAGUGGUGAUGGUGGCAGUAGUAGGGAUAGCGGUGGUAGUAGUGGUGAUGGUGGUAGUAGUGGUGAUGGUGGUAGUAGUGAUGGUAGUAGUAGUGGUGCUGGUGGUAGUAGUAGUGGCAGCUGGUAGUAGUGGUGAUAGUGGUGGUAGUAGAAGCAGCACCAGCAGCACCAGCAGCAGCAGGAAUAGCUGUUGUUAACUCUUCCUGAGCACUCACUCUGUGCCGGGCACUCUUCUGGUGCUUUGCCACAUUAUUUUAUUUAACCAUCACAACUGUUUGAGUUAGAAACUCUAUUUGACAAGGAUGAUGCCAGGCUCAGAGAGGUUAAUAAUUUGUGUUAUGUCACACAGCUGGUUAAGUGACAGCAGUGGGAGUAACGCUGGCCGUCUGAUGCCCUUACCCUCUUCACUGCUGCCUGGCUCAACAUUCCAAGCCUACAUCUGCUGAGGCUCUACGAGUCAUGGGACACAUGCUGUUCUCCUUCUAGUGACUCCAAGGGCUCGGAGCCAUGUGUCUCACGGCCCCAACAUUUGCCAUUAAAUCUGAGGUCAGUAGACAGGAGACAGCAGUUCUCCUGCUUAAUCCCCACAGUCCUGUUCUGCUAUGUUUCCUUCAGGAUUUAUCUACAGCUUGACAAGUGCUCCAAUGUUGACAGGUGGCCCUCACCCCAUAGAGCCCACUAAUCACACACACUUAGAAGAUCUCUUUAGGGAUUAGGUUUUUACUUUCAGGAAAAGAGAAAGCCCAAGAGAUUUCUAUUUUCAGCAGCCAGGGUCACAACAUGAACCUGCUGAGGCUUGUUGGGUUUGGAAGCUGUUCUGGUUUCCUUCUCAGAAAGCAGGAAUUCUGACUUUGGGCAAUUGAUGCUCAGAGAAAUGUGUUUCUGUUGUCUAGGGCAAUGAGGUGUUGAAUUCCUCUGAUGGAAGAAGGUCAGGAUCAGCUACAGUGAGCACGCAUCAUUUCAGCUGAUCCAGCUUUUUCCUCUUCAUCUCACUGUUCCCUUCCAGCUAUGAAGGACUUGGUUUGGUUCCUCUGCUGUACUUGCCGUUUCUUGCCACUGGCCCUUUGCACAUUCUGUUUUCUUGGCCUGGAAAGCUCUCCCUUGACCUCUCCUCUACUUGGCUAACCCCUCUCUACUCACCCAGAGGUCAGGGGUUCCCUAGGGCCUGUUGUACGUUCCCAUAGUAGCCUUACUUCUCCCAUGCAGCUCUUUGCCUAUCAUCAUCAUUUAAUGAAUUUUUGGCUGUUUGUUUAGUGCUACCUUCUCCAUUAGAUCCUAAGAUUAUAUUGGCAGCCCCUGUGACUGCUUUGUUCCCAACAUAGUGCCUGCAGCAUGGAAGGUGCUGGACCGGUGGACAACCUGACAGCCUCAGGGUGAGGAUAAGGCUGAAUCUUCUGACCAGUCUACUCAGUUGUUGUUGUUUGGUGCCAUGGAGUUGAUUCUGACUCAAAAUGACCCUGUGUACCACAGAAUGAAACACUGCCCAGUCUGUCGCCAUCGUCACAAUCGUUACGCUUGAGCCCAUUGUUGCAGCCACUGUGUCAAUCUAUCUCAUUGACAGCCUUCCUCUUUUCCGCCGACCCUCUCUACUUUACCAAGUAUGAUGUCCUUCUCCAGGGACUGAUCCCUUGUGAUAACACACAUCCAGAAUAUGUGAGAUGAAGUCUCGCCAUCCUUGCUUCCAAGGAACAUUCUGGGUUGAACUUCUUCCAAGACAGAUUUGUUCAGUCUCCUGGCAAUCUGUGGUGUAUUUAAUAUUCUUUGCCAACACCAUAACUCAAAGGCGUCAGUCCUUCUUCAGUCUUCCUUAUUCAUUGUUCAGCUUUCGCAUGCAUACGAGGUAAUUGAAAAGACCAUGGCUUGGGUCAGGUGCACCUUAGUUUUCAAGGUGACAUCUUUGCUUUUUUAACACUUUAAAGAGGCCUUUUGCAGCAGAUUUGCCCAGUGCAGUGCAUCAUUUGAUUUCUUGACUCCUGCUUCCAUGUCUACUCAGUAGUUCAUUUUUUUUUUUUACUAUCCGUCCCAGAUUUUGAGCAGAGUGGCAAAAUAGCAGAGGUUAAGAGUAGAACUCUAGAGCCGGGCUGACUGGGUUUAUGCCCAGUCCUGCCACUUACUAGCUGCAUAACAAAUGACCAUAAACUUGGUGGUUUACAAUAACAUAUAUUGAUUAUCCCACAGUUUCCAUGGGUCAGGAGUCUAGGCGUGGCUUAGCUGGGUCUUCUGCUCAAGGUCUCAAGAGGCUGCAAUCAAGGUAUUUCCAGGGCUGGAGCCUCAUGCAAGGGUUAGGGUCCUCUUCCAGGCUCACAGGGUUAUUAUUGGCAGAAUUCAUUUUCUUCUAGCUAUAGAACUCACGGAAGCUUGCUUCUUCAAGUCCAACAGGAGAGUCUCCCUGAGCUCAGAGAAGGCCUAAAAGCUCUGUAAAGCACUCAACUGGUUAGUUCAGGCCCAUCCAGGAUAAGCUCUUGUUAUUAAUUCAGAGUCAACUGGUUAGGGACCUUAAUUAAGCCUGAAGAAUCCCUUCACCUUUGCCACGUAAUGGAACAUAAUCACAGGUGGGCUAUCCCAUCAGAUUCACAGGUUCUGUCCACAUUCAAGGAGUCCUGGUGGCACGGCGGUUAAGCACUUAGCUGCUAACCAAAAGAUUGGUGGUUGAAAUCCACCAGCCACUCCUUAGGAAAAGGAUGUGGCAAUUUGCCUCUUUAAAGAUUACAGCCUUGGGAACCCUAUGGGGCAGUGGUACCCUGUCCUGCAGCGUUGCUAUCAGUUAGAGUCGACUUGAUGGCAUUAGAUUUCGGACCCACACUCAAGGGGGGAGGAUUAGACAGGGCAGAGGGCAGGAGUCACAGGAGCUAUCUUAGACUUCUGCCUACUGCACUGCUAUGUGGCCUCAGGUAAGUUGCUUAACCUUUCUGUGCUCCCUCUGCCCCUUACCUCAUCUAUGAAGUCAAAAUAAUAGCAGCACACACCUCAUAGUGUUUGUUGAUUACAUAAGAGUAAAUGAGAUAAUUUAUGUAAAGUGCUUAGAACAAUUCUUGGCAGGUGGUGAGCACUCAAUAAAUGUUAGCUGUUACAACCAUAAAGACGAUGAUAAUCCCCAACUGAGCCAGUGGGAUCCAAGCUUAGAAAUAUAGUCCACCAACUGGCUGGGGAACGAAACCAGAGAAGCCAGGCUGAAGGGGAAAGAAGAGACAGGAGAAUAUCAGCGAGCUUGGUAAAUAGGCCAGUCCAAAAGGGAACCUGACAGCUUCCACUCUGCCCAUUGAGAACCGUGGAAGCCGAUGGGAAACUCUUGAGUUAUUAAAGCAAACUGGAUGUAAGUGGGUACACAUACUCUGGUUUUAGUUUUUUUUUUUUUCAUUAAAACAUCUCAAGGCAAAGAGUAAUGUUCUCAUCUCCCCAGAAAGGUGAGAAAUCCCGUACAUCAGAAAUUUUAAUCAAAAUUGACAUCUCAAAUAUGAAGAAAUGACAUUGGUGCAUAACUGGAUAUUUGGGCAACUUUUGUAAGCAACUGCACCCCAAAAUUUAGGUGUAACCUAAAGAAGGACUUUCUCCUGAAUAAGGAUCCCAGUUGGCUCAAUUUAAAAACAAGGGGCCUCUUAUUACUGAUCUGGAGUCCCUAGGUGGUGCACACAGUUAACGAGCCUGCUGAAAGGUUGUACGUUCAACCCCACCCAGAGGAGCUUCGGAAGAAAGGCCUGGUGAUCUACUUAAAAAAAACCAGCCAUUGGAAACCUAUGGCUCAUAGUUCUGUCCCGACACACAUGGGGUCGACUAAACGGCAACUCAUAACCGGUACCGGUACAUUCCUGGUGCAUCCAAUGAGUAAUGUGAACGAGUAUUUGUGCAGUGUGGAUGGAAGGAGGACCGCUUGGGAAUCUGCUGCAGAAUGCAUGCAUUUUACUGGAGAGUUAAGAAUCGAUUUGUUGCUCCGUCUGGGAUGCCGUUAACUAAAUGUAGGAAGACGCAGCGAGGUGAGUCAGUGAAGCAAGUUCACUGUUGCAUGUUUAUGAAUACGAGCUGGGAGGGAGAGGGAAAUGACACGGCUCCUUCCUUUGAAAGGGAGUUGCUUUGCUGAAAUCCUUAUUCAGUAGGUUAUCUGGGGCAAGUCAUUCACUCGUCUUUAGAUCUCAUAUUUUGCAUCUGAUAAUUCAACCCAAGUAAUUUUACUGACGGCAGUAGCGGACACUGUUGGCGCUUUGCCCAGACCCUCUCGGAUUCCUUUUGUGGUUUCUGGGCACCCAUCCCCCAGCUUCUGCAUGCCUUGCUUCUAAUGGCUGCACCUGCGGCUUGGUUCCAAGGCUGCUUUUGGGCUACCAGAGCUGCUUCCCCCGUGUACAGAGAAAGGGAGGAGCCUGGGAAUUUGUCUCUGCCUGGGCAGCCCUUGGGAGGGCAGUGGUGGUUCAGUGGUAGAGUUCUCACCUUCCGUGCAGGAGACCCAGGUUCAGUUCCUGGCCAAUCACGAACAGCCAUCACCUGUCUGUCAUUGGAGGCUUGCCUGUUGCAAUGAUGCUGAACAGGUUUCAGUAGAGCUUCCAGACUAAGACGGGUUCAGAAGAAAGGCCUGGCAACCUACUUCCAAAAAUUAGCCAAUGAAAACCCUACGGAUCGUAAAGGAGCAUCUGCAGCUCAUCAUGGGGAUGGCACAGCUAAUCAUGGGGGGAGUCGCCAUGAGUUGGGGGCAGACUCCACGGCAAUUACAGCAACAAACAAGGGGCCACCCUUAGACCAGCUCCCUCGCCCCUAGUCAGGGCGAACUCUGAGGGGUUAUGCUGGGAGCUUCCCAUGGGAGCAGAUCUAAGCCUGAAAUUCCAUCCUUGCUGGGCGUUUUCCCCUCACUGUCCUGCUUGCUGGACCAUCUAUAUGAUUUGCAGGGCCCGGUAUUAAAUGAAAACGCAAGCCCCUUGUUCAAAAACUACUAUGAAUUAUUAACAAUUUCAAGACAGUGACAGGAGAGCAUUAAACCAAGUGCGGGACCCUUCUAAUUGUGGAGUCCUGUGUGACGGCGCAAACCCUGGUGGCAUAGUGGUUAAGAGCUACAGCUGCUAACCAAAAGGUUGGCAGCUCGAAUCCACCAGGUGCUCCUUGGAAACUCUGUGGGGCAGUUCUACUGUGUCAUGUAGGGUCGCUAUGAGUCGGAAUCGACUCGACGGCAGCCUCGUUUGGUUUUUGGUUGGUGUGACUGCACAGGUCAGAGGCCCGUGAUACCAGCCCUGCCUGCUCCCCCACUUUCCUGAAGCACAUCUUAUUAAAUCCAUUGCAUGAGAAUUCUUGUCCUGCACGAUGCUCUGAUGAGCUUGGCCUAAUGCAGCUGCUGAAGCGUAGCGUUGAGGGUAUGGAUUCCAAGAUGGACACGGUACCAACCCUUCCCUCCUUCUUAGCAGGGAAGACAGAUGAGGGCACAGGUAAUUACAUCACACACCAGCUAGUGAAACAAAGCGCAGUCCUGGAGACACCCACGGUGGGAAGCGUGGGAAGGUUAAUGCUCCCGGGUUCUUUCUUUUGCACUGGGAAUUUGGUAUGUAUCCCAAAGGAUUCAUGAAUAGAAUUGGGGUUGAUUGUGUGGGAGAGAGGGUGGGAGAUCACUGCAGAAACAGAAAGGUAUAAGGAUGGGGCUUAUUCUAACUCAUAGCGACCAUAUAGCACAGAGUAGAACUGCCCCAUAGGGUUUCCAAGGCUGUAAUCUUUACAGAAGCAGGCUACCACAUCUUUCUCCCUCAAAGUGGCUGGUGGGUUCGGACUGCCAACCUUUCGGUUAGCAGCUGAGUGCUUAACCAGUGCACCACCAGGGCCCCUGCCUGUUUAUUAGCAAGUGCCAACUGUGCGCCCAGUGCAGGAGAUACUUAAACCAGCUCAGCAAAAUUCGUGCUAAGGAAGUGCUGAACUGAAGGGGUUAAAAGGAAGUAUGAGACAUAACAGAGAGAGCCUGUUCUUCAAAGACUAAUAGGUGCUAGGGGUCCUAGAGCUUUACAACAGAGAAAAGAUUCUCUGAUUGUGGAAUUUCAGAAAUUAGCAGGCUGUUGGGGUGGAUUUUUUUUUUUUUUGGGAGGGGGACCUCCUGAAAUAAACCCAUGUAAUUGGUGUCCUCCACUUGCCAUGGAGUCGAUUCUGACUCCUGGCGACCCUAUGUGUGUCAGAGUAGAACUGUGCUCCCUAGGGUUUUCAGUGGUUGAUUUUUCACAAGUAGAUCACCUGGCCUUUCUUCUGAGGCACCUCUGGGUGGAUUCGAACCUUCGACCUACCAGCCCAGUGCUAUAACUGUGUGCACCACCCGGGGACUCCAGUUGGCCUUCGUCUGUUAGCUUGCUCAGAUGGAACUGUUAAAUCGUCUUCCGAGUUUUCCAAGUCUUCGCUGAAACGUCCCUGGGUCCCUCAGUCACCCUGCAGCUGGAACUGUGUCCCGGCCGGUGCCGGGGACAGACCCUGCUGACCACUCACUCUUUCUUGCUUCUCUCCGGGGAGCCCUUGAUCACCCCACCGGCUUUCUAGAACUCUGAAGAGAUCACUGACAUUAGGAGGUUCCGUGGACGCUGGGAAGUGUAGACACUGGCCGGGGUCCUCUCCGUGAGAUGGAAGGGAAAGCGGUGUUGAAAAUGCUGUGGUUCUGAGGGGCCCCGGGACACUCUUCAUCAUUGCCUUUGUCAGGCUGAGGCAGCCAUCCUCGUUUUUCAAAGCACGCUCAUGGGCAGGAUGGGUGAUAGUUCUUCCAUCAGGAAUAAGUGCGUAAAUGUAAUAAAAUGCAAUAAAAGCCGCAGCUCUUGCCGGGAAGCAGGAUGAGGGGCCUUCCCUGGUUUUAUGUUAUGCUGUCCUUCGAAUGCUGGAGAUACCCCGCUGUCCCUGAGUUCACUGUGAACACCAACUGAGGGUGGCUCAGAAUUCUACCUUGAUGAAUAGCCCAUUGGGGGCAAUCGUUCAUGGUCUCUUCAUAGCUUUCUAUGAAGCAAUUUAAAGGAGGCACAUGUUUUUCCAUGAAUACACAUAAUCAAAUGAUUUGUAAUUGUUUAGUGGUAUUGGAAGGGGGAUAUGAACAGUGAGGAGAAGAGAAUCACAUCUUCCUGUCUCCCUACUGUGUUGUUUUGUUCUUUUGUUUUUGAGACAUACGUAUUUUUUUGAAUUGUGGUAAAUACAUAUGUAACAAAACAUUUGACAUUUCACUGGUCUUCACGUGUAUAGCUCAGUGACAUUAAUUAUGUUCAUCUUCUUGUUUAACUGUCGCCCUCAUCUGUUCCCAAAUUAUACUAGUAUCCUUUUCCCUCUACUGUUUUAAUGUGGAAUAUUUUGGGGGUCAGGCUUUAAAAGCAUCCCUGAACACGGCUCUGCUCGAUCUGGCCCCUGCCGGCCUCUCUGGCCACAUCAUCUCAGAGGCCUCUCUCCUGUGGAGACGUCAUGAGUCCCUUCGACAGUCCCAGGCGGUCCACCGUGUGGUUCCCUCUGCGCAGACCAGGCUCCCUAUAUACACAUCUCCGCCAGGCAGCUCCUCUGCGUCCUCAGGUCUACUUUAUUGUCACUUCCUUGAGGAAGCAUCCCUGGUGCCCCCAACUAAGUGAGGUCCCCUCUUCCUAUGCUCUUAUCAUGCCCUCUGCUGUUCUUCUAUAGCACUUCAUUCAUUCAACAAAUAUUUAUUUAUUUCAUUUUUAUUGUGGUUUUACUUAAGUUUACAAAUCAGGUCAGUCUAUCAUACAAAAAUUUACUGCAGCAGCCCUGGUCCUGGUGGGAGGGAGGAAAAGAGAGAAGGAAGGAAGGGAGAUUAUGUGGGUGGGUGUGACUGACUGACUGAGUAAAAGCAUAAAGGCUUUUCUCUAAGCUGAAACACAAAUAGGAAUGAAGACUCAUCUUACCUCUAUAGCCAACUCCAUUCCCCCUUUUGAAAAGUAAAUUUCUUUUGUCACAAAAGCAUUUUAUUAGGUGUGAGGCCAGUGGUCUCAACACAGCCUUUUACCAUCCCCCCAUGCCUGUGUUUUGUAUGCUGCAAAAGAUAAUAUGUGCUUGUGGGUGGGUGUAAUCAAUACAUUUUCAUAAAUAAAAAAGUACGUUUGUACACUUACAAUGAUUAUUUAAAGGCCCAUUCCAUCGCAAACGCUACUUAAUCGUCUGAUGGCACGUUUCCAGGACUUCUAAUCUUUUAAUAUAUGCCCAGACUCCUAAAGAAUCAUAAUUGCCAGUUGUCUUACAAGCAAUCAUCUCAUCACAAAGGGGGCCCGGGAAGAGAGUUCAGGAGGCAAACAACAGAAAAAACACCUGGCAAAUCCAAUUCAGCUGGAUAAUGUCUUUGACUAAGACUAAAAAUGAUUGUAUUGAAGGUUCUGUGGUUUCCUGACAUUUGGCGGAUAGAUGUAGCUGUAGGACAUGUCUGAGGCCACAUCUGUUGUCGCCCAUCUCAGUUGAGUUUUAUUAAUCCCUGUCUUUCUCACUUUUAAUGGAGGAGGAGUUCAUCAGUGCUGGUUUCAUCUAAAGGAGUGAAUUAGGGGCCCGUUGGUCACGAAUGUAGGGGUGUAGCUUCGUAUUCACUCAGUGAAGAAGCAGCUGCCGAAGAUCAAGUCAACUUUGUGUUCAACAGCUCCCAGACCAGCUCGUGACACCACUGUAAUCAACAUUAUUCCAGUUCUAGUCCUCGUUUUUCAUUCCAGGCAGGAUGGACUGCUGGAUCAACUAUAAUUUAAUAAUGUAGCUAACACGUUGUUGUUGUUGUUAGGUUGCUUCGAGUUGGUUCUGACUCAUUGACCCUGUAUACAACAGAAACACUGCCUAGUCCUGCGCCAUCCUACCAAUAGUAGUUAUCCUUUAAGCCCAUUCUUGUAGACAUUUUGUCAGUCCAUCUUGUUGAGGGUCUUCCUCAUCUUCGCUGAUCCUCUACUUUUCCAAGCAUGAUGUCCUUCUCCAGAAACUGAUCCCUCCUGAUAACAUGUUCAAAGUAUGUGAGACAUAGUCUAGCCAUCCUUGCAUCUAAGGAGCAUUCUGGUUUUACUUCUUCCAAGACAGAUUUGUUCAUUCUUUUGGCAGUCCAUGGUAUAUUCAGUAUUCUUUGCCAACACCACAAUUCAAAGGCAUCAGUUCUUUGGUAGAUUGGAGCUUACCAGAGGCUGGGAUGAGAGGGGAAUAGGGAGUUAUUUUUUAAAGGAUACAGUUUCUGUUUGGGGUGAUGAAAAAUUUCGGACAAUAGCGGUGAUGGUUGUACAUUUGAAUGUAAUUAAUGCCACUGAACUGUACACUUAAAAAUGGUUAAAGUAGCAAAUUUUAUGUUAUGCAUAAUUUACCACAAUAAAAUAACAAAACCAAACAGUAGGCUGCCCCUCCUCACAUUUAUACUGGCAAAAAUGGAAAGGAGGGUGUGUGCUGUCUUAGCUCCAUGGUGCUGCCGUAACAGAAGUACCACCCAUGGCUGGCUUUAAAGGACAGAAAUUUAUUUUCUCACAGUUCAGGAGGCUAGAAGUCUGAAUUCAGGGCACUGGCUGUUGGGAGAGGUCCUUGUUGAGUUCAUUUUCUAGUAGCUGUUGAUCCUUGGAGUUCCUGGGUUUACAGACUCGUCUGUGUCCACCAUCAUCAUCGUCGUCAGAGCCUCUGCCUUCCUCUGGUUGCGAUUGCUUGUAUCUGUGUCUAAUCUGCUGUUUGCGUAACUCAGAAGUGAUCAAAUUUAAAACCAAUAGAAAAGCCAAACCCAUUGGUGUUGAGCCGAUUCCAGCUUCUAGUGACCCUACAGGACAGAGUAGAGCUACUCCAUAGGGUUUCCAGGGAGUGGCUGGGGAAUUUCAAAUUACCGACCUUUAGGCUAGCAGCCGAAUGCUUAACCACUGUGCUACCAGGGCUCCGAUCAGGUUUAAGACACACCCUAUACCGAUAUAUCCUCGUUAGCAUAACACAGAAAACCCUUUCCCCAGAAGAUAUUACAUCCACAGGUAUAGAGGUUAGGAUUCCAACACGCAUUUUGGGGGAACCCAAUUCAGUCCUUAACCCCCAGGGCUGCCUACAGUGGAGGUGGGCAUGGCAGCUGGGUCAACCUUCUUGAGGGCAGUUUAGCAACGGCUGAUGAAAUGAAAAGUACGUCCACUCUUUGACCUGGCUGUUUCACUGCGAGGAGUUUUCCCUAAAGCAGCAGUUCUCAGCCAGAGGCGAUUUUGCCUCUCCAACGGGGGCGCGGGCGGUGGUGGCAUUUGGCCAUGUUUGUCACAACUGUGGAGGUGCUAGUGGCAUCUAGUGGGUAGAAGCCGGAGAUGCUGCUUAACACCCACAGUGCACAGGACAGCUCCCUCAAGGGAAUUAUCUGGUCCUGGUUUUUUAAAUGUCAUUUGUGUCAAGGUCGAUAACCCCAAUUGUGAAACUGUUCAGAGUAGUGAAAAAUUAGAAAUAACCGUGGUAUUGUUCAGCGGAGAUUAAAGAAAGCAUGGUACACCCAUACAGUGGGAUCUUGUGCGGCUUUGAAAUGACAGUGGAGAGCCAUGAUUUUUCAUAAAAAGAAGUUCUUGAGACACUGAAGAGAAAAAAGAUGACAGAGCAACAUGAAGGCAAGGAGCCUGACUGUGCAUUUCUUAGACUCUGGGAAGUUACAUAACGAAAUAUCAAGCCUGUGUCUGGGUGGUUGGAGUAUAGAUCAUUUUUACCUUUUAAAAAUUAUUUUGGGGAUUUAGAAUUUUUUACAAUGAGCAUUUGUUACAUUUAUAACAAAAAUAAAAUUUUUUUGAAAUUAGAAAAAAUAUGUAACUGCAAAUAUAGUCAAGUCAAGGUUGUUUAAGUUUUAAGGUUUUUUUCAACUACUGGGGAAACCCUGAUGGUGUAGUAGUUAAGAACUAUGUCUGGUAACCAAAAAGUCGGUAGUUCAAAUCCACCAGGUGCUCCUUGGAAACUAUGGAGUAGUUCUACUCUGUCCUGCAGGGUCACUAUGAGUCGGAAUCGACUCAAUGGCAAUGGGUUUGGUUUUUUGACUAUUAAUUACAUUUCAUUUCAAAGUAUUUUAAGGAAUAAACCACCAUACCGACUAAGUGCCUACUACGUGACAGAUUUUGAUACAUGUCAUUUAUUUCUUGAAAAGUCCUGUUUGAGUUGUUGCUUUCACACCUCCCUCCCCCGCCCCCCUUUUUUAUAGAUGAGGCUACAGAAGCUUAGAGGGUUUAUGUGAGUCAGCGGUGGUGAUUAGGACCAGAUUAAGGCAUGUGAGGACCCUAAGCACUGAUAAUCUGUGGUGCACCCUCCCCGGCUUACUCAUGCAUUCUAAUGGGAUAUGUGAGUUAUACAUAUGCAUGUGUAUAUAUGUGUGUGUGUCUUAGCGAUCCAUGAUGUAACUUCUCUGUAAAUGCAACUGUAACAUUAGUGAUUGAACGCAUAAGUGGCAUAUGCCAUUUUUAGCCGAAUGAGAUGAACUGGACUAUAAAAUUUUUAGUGGAUACAGGGCACUAAGAUUUUUACUUAGGACAUAACUAUACCUAAAUGCUAUACAGUUAUAAGUUAUCAGUCCCUGUAGAAGGACAUCAUGCUUGGCAGAGUACAGGGUCAGCAGAAAAGAGGAAGACCCUCAACUAGGUAGGUUGACACAGUGGCUGAAACAAUGAGCUCAAGCAUAACAACAAUUGUAAGGUGGCUUAGGACCGGGCAGUGUUUCGUUCUGUUGUGCAUAGGGUCACUAUGAGUCUCAAUCGACUGGACGGCACCUAACAACAACAACAACACAGUUAUAAAGUAACUUGACUGAAUUCAUUGCAAUGGUCAACUUAUUCAAGUUCCCUCGCUUUUGUGCAUCACCUGGGACUGGAGUUCCCAUUGGCUGCUUACUAGGAUGUGCUCAAGCGCAUACCCUUGUGUUUGUAUCAUGGCAAAGAGCAUUGCUGGCCCUCUUGGCUGGAGUUGCUGGAUCAGCAGACGUGGGUGUACCAGACAGUUCUCUUAAAAUGGAUCAGAGACCUGUUAUCUAUUAAUAUAGUCCAUCCUUGCCGAGUAACCCCUCAUGUUGGAUCCAGUUGCAUGUUGGGUGAAUGUAGAAAGAGUUAGACUCAGCAGCCCACCUGUACCUCUUGUGUAUUAGAAAAAAAUGGUAUAUUCCAAAGAGACCCACCGAGAUAAGGAGUUUCAAUUACACAGAAGGGGACCACAGGAGACAGAUGUCAACAAAGGUGUUGAAGUGGUAGGAACCUCAUAGCUUAAGCAACCUUGCACAUGGGUGUCCUCGUGACCCUUUGUGAACUUUAUUUCCAGCCUGCUCAGUCUCUUGCACUGGAGCCGGUAUCAAUUGUGUUUAGUGCCCUGCCGGUUCCCUUCCACUGUGGCACUGGCUUUUCCAUGUGUCCUGUCUGCUUGGCAUCUGUGGGUCUUUGCUUUGGACAACUGGUACCCCUGUUUUGAUGAUGCCCGAAGCACGUGCUUACUUUGCACAUUGGUUGAGUCACCCCUGGUGGUGAUGGAGUGAGAACCCGUCCUCAUACCUUUCUGUAGCACAGUAGGGCCUACAUGCCACAGUGCACAGCCACGUGCUGAUGUAGGGUUACUAGUAACAAGUUAGAUUUUCUUUAAUAUGCUUUUGUAAAGAGUUUGGACACAUUUAGAGAGUUUCCAUAUUGAGAACUUGGAGAUGGUUCAGAGAAUUUCUAUUUACAAAUAAUUUUUUUUUUUUAUUACUAUUGUUUUUGUUAAUGUCACUUGGAGAAAAGUUCUUUAUCUGGAAAAAUUGUUUUUUCUGGAACACUUCAUUCUAGAUCAGUGAUGUGCGUGUCAUCUAUGCCCAUAAGUCUCAUUUGGUCUCUUGAACAUGUUUACUGGACUCCCGUAAGGCAAAGUCUUCUCUGUUCCAACCCAGGGCAGAAGGGAGAACGUUAGAACAUUUCCCAGCUGUCACCUCAUGAACAGACAGCCAUCCUUUAUUCUCUGGUACCUAGAGGAAGCAAGCUGAGAUUUCUAAUUUCCCUUGGAGUUUGUGGGUGCAGUUAGCAAGGGAAGGCUGAUGUUCUGGGAGGGUUUCUGUAAGGGAGCUGCCUGAUGUGAUCUGGAAUGACUCAUGGAAUGGAGAACCACUUCCUCUUGAGAGAGAAGUUUCCUUUGACUAAUCAUGGUCUUUACUGCUGCUUAGAGGCUGGUGGGAAAUGUGUCCUACAGCCUCCACCCAACACCUGCCAUGAUACAUACUCGUGAGUAUCUGUCCAGGAAGGCUUCCAGACACCCCCAGGAAUGGUUCCCUCACCACCUUUCAUGCAUCUGGGUGUGUCGUGUCUUCCUGCUGCAUUUCAUCUAAGAUAACCUGUUGACUUAACUAACCAAACCAGUUGCUGUCCAGUUGAUUCUGACUCAUGGCAACCCCACGUGUUACAGAGUAGAACUGUGCCCCUAGGGUUUUCAUGGCUGUGACCUUUCAAAAGUAGAUUGCCAGACCUUUCUUAUGAGGUGCCUCUGGGUGAGUUCUAACCAUCAACCUCUCUAUUAACCAUUUGUGCCACCCAGAGACUUAAAAUUACAUGCGGUGGCCUCCCUGGAUAGUGUCCUCCCACAGUGUCUUUCCUUAGGCAUCUUUUAAGUAGCUUCUUCCCAGUUCCAUUCUUCAUCAAGGCCAGGUUCUAUUUCCUGCCUCCAGUAUCCAAGUGUGGCCAAUUCUCUCCCUUCAGAGAGGAGUGGCUUCGUGCACAUCUGCCAAAAAGACACACCUGCCUGGGUGACCUAUCAAGCCAGUUUGCCCUCCUUCCUGAGAUUUCCAGCUUCAUGUUUUAAAGGCCUCCUUGCCGGCUUGGGGAGGAGAAUAAAGGGCUCUGGGUUCAGAGUCUAGGUGUGAGUCCUGGGCCUGCCACUUCCUGUGAGCAGUGUGGGCUUGGCAUGCAAACUCAGUUGCACCUGCCUUACAGGGUGGUUCUGUCUCAGGUGUGGUGGCAGGACUGAGCAGAGUAGGGCAGGGGAGUACAUCUGGAUCCCCAACAUAACUCUGGAUGCGUGGAGUCCAGGAGGCAGAUACUUGUCCUGGCUGCUAGAAUAGGUCUGGACAUAUUUGCAUCAAUGAAGGUAGUGGUAGUCCAGCGGUAGAAUUCUUGCCUUCCAUGCAGGAGACCCCGAUUCGAUUCCCAUGAGGGGCAGCCACCACCAACAGUCAGUGGAGGCUUGCGUGUUGCUAUGAUGCUGAACAGGUUUCAGUGGAGGAGGAAGAAAGGCCUGUUGAACUACUUCUGAAAAUCAGCCACUGAAAACCCUAUGGAUCACAAUGGUCCACUCCCCAUCCAAUCAUGGGGAUGGCUCAGGACCAGGCAGGGAUUCUUCCUGUUGUACAUGGGGUCAUCAUAAGUUGGGGGCCAACUUGAUGGCAGGUGACAACAACAUAUUUGCAUCAAUACCUGAGGACAGCUUCACUGAAGCAAAGCUUACCAUACUGUUAAAUUAGUAAUAAUAGUUACUGUUGUUUGAGUGGAGCCCUGGUGGUGCAGCGGUUAAGAGCUCAGCUGUUAACCAGAAAGGUUGGCAGUGUGAAUCCACCAGCCGCUCCUUGGAAACCCUAUGGAGUAGUUCUACUCUGUCCUACAGGGUUGCUAUGAGCCAGAAUGGAUUCGAUGGCAACAGGUUUGGUUUGGUACUUUGAGUACUCUCAUUCUAUACGUGUGCUUAAAAUAAUUCUACAAGGCAGGUACUCUGCUUAUUAUCUCCAUUAUUGUUGUUGGGUACCACAGAGUUGAUUCCAACUCAUAGUGACCCCAUGUGACAGAGUAAAAAUGCCCCAUAGAGUUUUCUGGGCUGUCAUCUUUAUGGAAGCAGACUGGCAGGCCUUUCUUCCGUGGAGAUACUUGGUGGGUUUGACCUGCCAACCAUUUGGCUAAUAGCUGAGUGCUUAACUGUUUGCACCACCAGGGCUCCUUAUCCGCACUAUACAGGUGAGGAAGCUCAAACUCAGAGAAGCUAACAAAUUAUCUAACACGGAGCCAGGGGCCUGGGCCAGGACUGGCACUCAGGCCUCCCUCCUUCUAUUUUGGAAGAGGUAUUUGUGUUGGCAGCAUGGCCUGAGCUGGGGGGGAGGAGUGGCCACAGGUGGGGUGAGCACCGCAGAUGCCUUUAUUUUGGCCCCACCUGAGUUUGCUGUCUGUCUUCCUGAGCUCUGGAGACCUUCCCCAGCUCCCUCCCAGGCCUGACCGCCAAUGGGCCCAAGCCUUCCCCUCCACCUUCCUCCUGGCUUAGCUGUGGACUAAUCCCAUUUCCCAUUAGGUGAGCCAAGACAAGAUUAGACCUUUAUUAAAAGGAAAUUAAACUAGGAAAUGAAAGGAUAAACAAAUCCCAAAUGAGAAAAAAACAACAGCACCGAAGCAGAUGAGUACACAGAGCACAGAUUCUGUAUCCUAAAGGGGCAACCGUCUACCUGUGAACUGGCACGGCUUUCUGUAGGCAGCCACGCGCCUCCUCUCCUUUUCCACCCUUGCUGGCUCUGUGUGGCCAAGCUGGUUGUCGUGGUAGCUUCAGUGGGCAUGGUUCUCUAGGAGCCUUGAUGGUGGCACCACAGCGUUUAGCGCCUUGCUCAUAUCAGGCCUUCCUUUGGCCCUAUUCUGGGUCUCCAAUAUGAGGGAUGCUGCCAGCCAGGAUGGAUGACCCAAUAAACAAGAUACACGCAGGCAUAUUUGUCCUUCCUUACUAAUUUGUAGUGCACAAUUUUCGCCGAUUCUUAUUGCGUCUGUUCCUCCUUCUCUCCUCUUCUACCUCACCGUGUGAAACCCAUGUGCAGUUGUGCACUACAGAUUAGUAAGGAAGCACAAGUAAGCCUGUGUGUACCUUACUGGUUAAUCAGCUCCUGGCUGCCAGCGUGGCCAGCUUCUCCUUGGGGAAUGAAUGGACCAGGUAGUGGCUCCCAUGCCUCCUACGCCCUCAGGAAAGAAACUACAAUCCAGACUCCUCUGUAUUACCCUUUCUAAGGCUCCAGGUGGUCCACUUCGCCCACCUCUUUAGCGUCACCUCCCUUUCCUGCCUCUUUCUGUUCCUCUGUUUCUCCAUGGCACCAAGCUCCUCAUGGCCUUUGCCCAUGCUCUUCUCUACCCGCAGUGCUCUUGUCCCACACCCUCUCUUUACUUGGCCAACUCCUACUUAUUCUUCAGAUCUUGGCUUACAUGUUGGUUUCUCAGGGACACUUUCCCCGGUUCCACUAAGCUAGGUUUCUCAUGGUAUUUUGCUGUUUUCCUUCAUUGCGCUGUUCCCUUUAAGCAUUUGUAUCUGAGGGCAUAGCCAUAAUGACUUGAGGGUUAGCAAGGCGUGGCAGGGAACAGUUUUACUCUGAAAAUGGACCACGAGAGACAUGAGCAGGGACUAAACCCAUUGCCGUUGAGUCUAUUCCAACUCAUAGCAACCCUAUAGGACAGAGUAGAAUUGCCCAUAGGGUUUCCAAGGCUAUAAUCUUUACAGAAGCAGACUUGCCAUAUCUUUCUCCUGUGGAGCUACCGGAGGGUUCGAGCCAUGGACCUUUGGGUUAGCAGCUGAGCGCUUCUCCUUUGUAUCACGGGAGCUCUUUGAGCAGGGUCUAGAAAGCCAAUAAGAGAUGUUGAAGCACCUGGAGACUGGCAAUAGUGGUAACCAGUUACUACCCCGGGGCCUGAAGGAAUGGACUUCAAUGUUACCAGACCCAACGAGAACCAGAGAAUUUGAGGGACCCGUGCUCUGCCCAGAACCGAAGUGGGUGCAGGGAAGAUGUACUCCAAUCAGUCGGUUGCUAUCGAUAUCGCUGUGUCCAUCUCCCUUACUCUUACUCUCCCACCUUCUUAUCUGCCCACUGUCUCUUACUGUCUCCUUUCCUCCCUCUCCUCUCUUUUCCCUCACCUUCUGUCCCCUAUUUUCUACUAGUUUCUAUUGUUGGCCAAACAGAAACAGAAGUAGCCAGCAAUGGGGUCACCUUCCCGGGGAACAGAGAAUGGAUGAGAGUGGGGGUAGGAAGAAGAAUUGGGGACAGAGGAUAGUCAACAUAUUCCAUCAGUCAGUCAUUUUGGAACAUCAGUAGGGCACAGAACAAGAUAUUAGAAAGAGGUAACUAACCCCUGCCAUGUUGUAGAUGGAGGAUCAUCGUUAGUAGUGACGGUAACAGCAGUGUUAGCUAUCAUGUGUUAUAUUUUCCAUGCACAGGGCAAUGUGUUAAGCGUCUUACAUAUACUCAUUCUAAUCUUUAUAGCCAAUCUGUUCGGUACAAGCUAUUAUGAAUCUCUUCCAGGCAAGGUAAAGUGGCUUUGGAAAGGCUCACUAUGCUGCCUGAGGUCACAAAGAUCAUAAGUGGCCAGACUAGGACUGGACUCAGCAGAUCUCUUUUAUUCUAAACUCCAAGUGCUUUCCUCUAAAAGCAACCUAGACCAAUGUAAGGGGGUGAACCGAUGUGUUUUUCUACAAGAAACCCCCAAUGACUUCUAUAAUGCAGCAAGAAUUAAAAAAAAAAAAAAGAAUAUUUUUAACACACCAACUUGUCUGGACAAUUGCCCAGAA